AUGUCUCCACUCUUGUUGCUGCUGCCGCUCGAGCUUCUGAUUCAGCCAACCGGGUCCUCGUGUCUCCUAAUUGCAGCUUCACUUGCUGUAAUUCGGCCAUCAUUGUGUUCAACACUGCGUUCAGUGUUUUAUGUUGAAAGAAGAGGACAUCACCGCUGGCGAUGUAGAAGUGCAAGUUUCUACAGUAAUGAUCUGCUCCUUUGUCAUCAGUGGGUCCAAUCACUGGGUGAACGCAUUUCAUUACUCACUUGCAGGCCAAGUCACCUUCUUGUCUAUAUUAAUCCAUUUGCUGGAAAGCAACAUGGCAAGAAGAUUUAUGAACAGAAAGUAGCCCCGCUUUUUACCUUAGCCUCUAUUACCACUGAUGUAAUUGUAACAGAGCAUGCUAAUCAUGCUAGAGACCAUUUGUGCACUGAAGCUGACCUCAGAAAAUACGAUGGGGUUAUCUGUGUUGGUGGAGAUGGAAUGUUCAGUGAAGUUAUGCAUGGUUUAAUUGCAAGAAUUAAUCAAGACAACACUACAGAAAAUCUCAUCCAGUGUAAUUUUAGGAUUGGAAUUGUUCCUGCAGGUUCAACAGACUGUGUUUGCUAUGCAACAAUGGGCAUCAAUGAUCCAGUGACGUCAGCCUUGCAUGUUAUUGUAGGGGACUCUCAACCAAUGGAUGUCUGCUCAGUUCAUCAUUAUAACACUUUUCUGAAGUACUCUGUGUCCCUACUCGGCUAUGGUUUCUAUGGCGAUAUUUUGACAGACAGUGAAAAGUAUCGAUGGAUGGGUCCUGCUAGAUAUGACUUUUCAGGUUUCAAAAAAUUUCUGUCACAUCACUACUAUGAGGGAACAAUUUCUUACCUGCCCGCUGUGGGCACAUUGGGAAGUCCCAGAGAUAAAAGCAGAUGCAAAGCAGGAUGUUUCAUCUGCUUCAAUAGUGGCGAGCAACUAUGUAAAGAAAAGCACCGGAGAAGUGAUAUCAAUGACAAUGACUUUGAAGGUGAAUGGAAAUAUGCUAAGGGGAAAUUUCUAGCAAUCAAUGCAGCAUGUAUGAGUUGUGCAUGUCCACGAAGCCCAAAAGGCCUUUCCCCAGCAGCUCACUUGGCAGAUGGAACAACCGACUUAAUCAUUGUCCGUAAAUGUUCUAGACUAAAUUUCUUACGACAUCUCCUCCGUCACACAAACAAGGAUGAUCAGUUUAAUCUCAGUUUUGUUGAAGUCCACCGAGUGAAAAAGUUUAAAUUUACACCAAAGCACCUUGAAAAUGAAUCCUCCGAUAUAAAGGAUGCUGGAAAAAAGAUAUUUGACCGGAUUUGCCAGGAUCAUUCAGCAUGCUGCUCUACUCCAGUUAACAGUAAUUGGAACUGUGAUGGAGAAAUCUUGGACCAUGCAGAAAUUGAAGUCAGGGUUCACUGCCAACUGAUCAAACUGUUUGCAAGAGGAAUAGAAGAGGAGUUCACAUGUGAAGAGAUCCCUGAAUCCUGCAUGGUUUAGAUUCCAGACCAGCUGAAAUUAGCCAGCUUAAUUUGCUAAUAUUUUAUUUUUUUGAUAUAAACAAAAGAAAUCAUAUUUUUAUUAAUAAUUAAGCAUAUAUUUAAAUAUAUGGAUUUAAAUACGUAAAGUGAGUGUUUGUGUGUGUGUAUGUUUGUGUGUGAGAGAGAGAUUCGGGGUUUCACCAUUCCAUUAGGAUUAUUAAUACUAAUUUAAUUACUAGAUUAACUAGUGGUUCAUGCCUUAUUGAAACCUCAAGGAAAUAUUUCUUGGAGUAACACAUUUUAGAUAAAUACAUUUAUUUUCUUUUCUUUUUUCAUAUUUUUGUCUUGUCAGCUGGGUUAUUCAACCCCAUUGCUUUAUGGUCUGUAGACCAGAUUUUCUUGCCUAUAAAAUGUGGAUUCUUGACCAAAAUUUCCACGUCUGUUUAAAACUUGACUUCCAUUACACUGUAGCUUAAUCUCUUUCAAAUAACCAAUAUAAAAUCCGUGAGUUCAUUCCAGGCUGCAUAACAUAACAUAACAUUUCACUAUAGUACUGUAAAGCUUACAAAUACCAGAAAGCCAAAUAUACUCUUAAUAAUGAUGAUUCAUUUGAUGAUUUGGCAUUUCUAGUCUGAAUUUUUUAUAUUUUCUAGUAACAUUUUAAAAGCAAUAAUUUAGUAAGUGUAACAUUCUAUACUGUAAUUUCAGGAAUACGUAUAUAUUUAUGAUUUAGUAUGCUGCUGUAUAAAAUGUUGGCUUUAGUUAAGCAUAGUAUGUUCACUGUGUGAAUAGUGAAUUCAUAGUACUGUAGUUUACGGCUGCACUUUCAAAGAUGAAAGUCAGUUCUCUAGAUUUCUUUCAUAUUUGCAGGCUUUUCUGUUGUGUCUUUUCUCUAAAACUCCACAUUGUAAACUUACUUUUGAAGUAGUGAUAAUAAGUUGUGUAUUUAUAACGUAAACUUGUGUCCACUGUUUGUAUUAAUGUUGUUUAGAUGCACAAACCUGUAAUGUAGCAUUACUUAAUUUAAAGUAUAUUUCCAUUAUACUGUGCACUUUUUGCAUACCUAACUUUAAGCUGCUGAGCUGAAUUAAUAAAAACAACACUUUGGCUUCGACUGUGAGUUCUUACGUUGUUCAGUUGAAGCUAUUGAUUUCAGUGCUACUGAAUGGGAUAGGCGUAGUUUGAGGAGGACAUUCCCUCAGAUGAACUGUGCAGGUAUUUCGGUGCGUACAAGUGUGAGAUAUUCAGGCAAUCAGAUUUUUUUUGCGAUUGAUUUGGAACGGCUGAAUAAUGCAUGUUUAUUUCCAUAUUCAACAGUAGAAUUUUGGGGUAUAUGGAUAGGAAAGACACUUCUUACUGCCAUCAGGACAUCCCUAAUGAAUUUGACUUAUUAUGUUAUAUGCUCAUUGCUCAGUUACUAAAUUUUCUUAAGGAGCUCAGCUGUUAUAUAUGCUGAUGAAUCAGCAUUUCAUGCAUAAACAGUACUGUCACAACUCUGCUUCUUCUCUGCAGCUUGUCAAAUUCAUUCUUCAAUAUUCUUUUAUUUAAAAAAAGAGAUAGCAGUGUACUAAGUAGUGUGCCUGUCAGGCCAUAAUUGAUAGAUAAAAAUAUUAUUAUGUACACUUUUGUCUAUGAGUAUUUUUUUCCUUCCCUGAUUGUGAUCUUGCGGGCUUCAAGAUGACAUACCUGAAUUGUAUGUAUUGCUUUACGAGUUUGAUUAUACUGAAUUCCUAGACAAAAGAAAGCAUCAAUAAAAAAAAAUGUUAAUACAAAA